ACAAAGAUAGUGUCGUAAGCGCUGGUUAAAUCAUUUACACCGGGCGACAUUGAUGAGAAUACGAACUAUUUGUGUUUAAUAUUUGAUAGCAUGAAGUGCAGAAUUCAUCUAUUUCAAAUGAUUCUUUGAAAAGGAGCCAUUUUCUCGGAUCACUUAUUGUCAGGGUUUAGGAGCUGUAGCUAAAACCAGUGACGAAAUUCGUUUACACUCUUAAAUUGUGCUCAGUUACAUUGAACACCUGCCGUAACUGAAUGAUAGCUUUACAUUGAUAAAUAAGAAGGGAGGUUACUGCGUAGGAGACGAACAUUUUCUUAAACCGGUUUAGCAGUCAAAUCAAGUAGGACCUACUCCGGUGACCUCAGACGAGAACAUUAGUGUAAAAAAUGGAUUGGAAUGGACAAUCAUAAAAUUUUGGGCUAUGGACUUAUUGAAGACAACUGUAUGAUGUGCACAGGAAGGGCGAGCGAGAAAAUGUCCGACUUGGGUGUGGAAACUACAUUACUGAAGCAGGCUGAAAUGAUAAACAAAGAAGGCAAAUACAUCUUGGAGGCCGAUGGAAUGAAGGGCUACUUCCACCAGCUGACAGUCGAAAAGGUGUUAAAACUUAUUGUCCUGAGAAGUGAGGAAACCAAAAAAACGAAGACGUACUCAUAUUCCGAGGUAGAAGACCUUCAAAGCAGACUGAUGCUUGUUAUGGGGAAAUCCGAAGCAGGCAAUAUCGACGUGGAUAAAUUUGUAGACAUUCUGAACAGCCUCGUUCGUCUCGGAAACGUAUUUAUUAAACUAUGCUCUGCCGGAUGUGUCCUUUUCAACGACCUUAAAGCUACAUUCCGUUGCAACGCAAACAGGUAUACCUGCUUGACUAUGCGCUUUGGACAAAAAAGUGAUCUUCCAAUGCUAAGGGGACGCCAAUCUAGUGAAGAUAACUUGGACAAAAUGAUUCCCGCUGUGGCAGAAUACAUGGAAUCUUGCCUAGCGCAUUGGUACAGCUACAUAAAGGAAACGCGGAAGAAGUAUUUUCACCUGAACUUUUUCACCAUUGAUCAACUAGUGAUACUGCAGAAGGAACUUGUGCAAAUAUCAUCUAGCGUAACACCGCUGAUGGCAACAUAUGACUUAUUGUCGAAUGUGAAAUCUAACUGCUGCCUUGCUGAUUUAGUGAAAGCCAUGGAUCUUGCAAAGAAGGACAUACAGACGAUGGGAAAAGUGAAACAGCGUAACAUGGGAAAAACAGGCGAGACGACUGAAGAAGACGAAAUAGAUUUACAGAGAAGAGAGGAAUUUGUUGAGAAAUUAUUAGCUGUAGAACUGAGUGAAGAUAUUGCAAGACGAUACGUGGAUGAACAAAUAGAUAUAACAACAUGCGUUUUGGUCGACGCGGUAUUCUGGUGCAUGGACAAUCAAAAUGAAGAAGCAGAGAUCACCCCUUCGGCUGAAGAAAUAAAAUUUUCAAAAUGGUGCACCGGCGAAAAAUCUGUGUCAACGUUGUGGAAUGCGAAAAUCGAAACAUAUGAUUCUUUCAGCAAAACUGGUGUCGUGGCCUUGAUUUCCGCCUUGAAGGAGCUAUGGGAUUGCUUCCUGUCUUCAAUCACUGAUUCAACAGGAACCAGUGAUUACCUGAACCUAGAGCAUCUUGGAAUAAUACUCAAGCACUUAGCAGGAAGAGAUGAAGCUGACAUCAGAAGAGAAGUUCCCGCAAACAGCAUGGAAAACGAACCUAAUGUUAUCCUUUGUAAAUCAGAUGAAACCUUAACAACGGCUUUGUCGAUAUACAUGCAUAGUAUUGAACAACCGCUUCCAUCUGCUGACGAGGUUUUGCUAUGUACACAUACAACAAACAAGGAAGAGGUUGAAAUUUUCUUGAGACGAUCAAUGAAUGAGCAGAAAGGGAAAUUGCAUUGUCUAGUCAAUGCAGACCUCCUUGACUUUGAUGUCAGUGAAGCUGCAGGUCACUUUCUGGAGGAGUGCGUACAAGAGAAGAACUAUAAGAGAGACAACGCCUAUAGGCUUUUCAUUAUCUGCCGACGUGACAAUGAAAACAGAUCUCCUCUAGUGUCUUCACUGCAAAAGUACAUUCGAGCUGACAUACCUAUUGAUGAAGUGAAAUUGUCACAGUAUAUACUGUCCAAAUUUUCGCUUAAACAGGGCGCGGAUCAGACAUUUGCAUCAAAUGUAGACGUUGAAAAGUCAAAUGCGAGAGCUGUCCUGUCGCAAAGAGCGGGUGUGGGAAAAAGUUUGUUUGUUAAAAGAGUUGAUGAAAAAUUACGGGCACAUGUUGAAACUCAAAAGCAUGUCGAGUUCAAAAGAGUCACAGUACCACUUCAAGAGAAGAUAGUGGAUUUGGACUAUGUUACACGAAGUCUUAUUAAACAUGCAGCUGGACCAGAGAUAAAGACUGCUCGAUUGUUUCAUAUUGAUAUCUCACAUGAGGUACAAGAGGGAAUUGAUAAUUUGCUGUUCAAUCUUUUAAUUCUGAACUGCCUCAAAGAAGAAUCCGGAUUAGUGUGGAGACGCUCAGAAUCAGAUAUCUAUCUGAUAGAACAUAUGCCAAAAGAGGCAUCUACCGCAAAAAACGACAAGUUGCAAUAUACUGAAGUGAUGUUUCGUAUUUUACCCCAAGUAAUAUGCAGGUCUCCAAAUGAAUGUCUUAGUGAAUGUAAGACUGAUAGCGAAAUAAAAACAGUGCAACUGUUCGAUGAACAGGAAUUUCGAAGUGAUGUGUUCCAGAGGCCGUUCCAAUACCUUAAACAAAUCGACGAAAAAGUAAAAAUGGUGGAUUUCAAUCCCAUAAGCACAGUCGGGACACGCCAGGAAUGUCUACAAAUUUUGCUCAGACACUGUGGAAUUCCUAACCCGUCGUGGGCAGAAUUGCACCACUUUGUGUGGUUUUUAAACACCCAACUAAUUGGCUUUGAGAAUAAUGCAUUUGUGAGUGUUGCAGCGGCGGAAGACCUACCAGGAUUUGGUCAAUUUGUUUUAAAGUUUCUGAUUCAGAUGUCGAAGGAUUUUUCGAAUCGUUCACUUAAUAUUGGCGACGAAUCGUCAAAAGAUGACCAAGGACUUAAUUUAGAAACUUAUGAAUUACGAAGGAAAUGGGAAAGCAGUCCGCAUCCAUACUUGUUUUUCAACAGUGAUGGGUUUUCCUUUACUUUUCUUGGAUUUAACAUUGACCCAGUGAAUGGAAAUCUUAUCGACCAACAAACAGGUAUCAUCCUUGAGGAAAGAAUCAUGACAAGGCAAUUGUAUACUGCCCUCGUUCGAAAUCAAGUUGACCUCCGUGAAGACUUCGAUGCCUUAACAAGGGAAAGGAAAAUCGAGAAACUUAUAAAUGUCAUGGGAGGUAAAAGAAAAACAGAUCCCGAUCCAACCUACGAGCUUACCACGGACAAUGUGAAGAAGAUUCUAGCAAUCUUCAUGCGAUUCAAGUGUGACAUACCUGUGAUAGUGAUGGGAGAAACAGGAUGCGGAAAAACUCGGCUCAUCAAGUUCAUGUGCUCUCUUCAAGUUCCAGACGAUCUAGAACUUCAAAAUACAGUUGUAAUGAAGGUGCAUGGGGGUACAACGCAUGCGGAUAUUGCAAAUAAAGUAGAAAAGGCAGACCAACUAGCGAGGAAAAAUGCUAAACAGGAUCAUACUAUUGACACCGUGUUAUUUUUCGACGAGGCAAACACCACUGAAGCAAUUGGACUUUUAAAGGAGAUUAUGUGUGACAGGUCUUUACAUGGCAAACGUCUAGAUCUUUCUCCAAAUCUGAAAAUUGUGGCUGCAUGCAACCCGUACAGAAGGCAUUCGGACAAAAUGAUCGAAAAACUAGAGCAUGCUGGACUUGGCUAUCACGUUCAGGCUGGAGAAACAGCAGAUACUUUCGGACAAAUUCCCUUGCGCCGACUGGUAUACAGGGUGCACCCUCUCCCACAGAGUCUUCGACCCUUAGUGUGGGAUUUUGGACAGCUGACAAUAGAAGUUGAGGAACUCUAUAUUAACCAGAUGGUCAAACGUUACAUCAAAGACGGGCAAUUGCCAUCGAUAUUCAACCUGACAAAUGUGUUGAGCAAGAUUUUGACCGAGUCACAGUUGUAUAUGCGUAAACAGGCAGAUGAAUGCAGCUUUGUUUCCCUACGAGACUUGGAAAGGGUUUUGUUUGUCAUGUCAUGGUUUUACUCGAAAGGCAGUGAGUUUUUGUUUCCAUCUAUAAAUGACCCGAUCGACACACUUAGCGAAAAUGAAAAUGCUGAUGAAAACAUGGAACCUACCCCUCUUACGAGGUCCUUGAUUCUGGCACUUGGUAUGUGUUAUCACGCUUGCUUGAAAUCCCGACAGAAAUAUCGAGAAACUGUUCAGCAACAUUUUAGUGCACCAUUUAGUUUGAGAGAAAACGACGGAGCUGAACAGAUUCGCCAAGAAAUUGAGUGUUGUCAAAAUUUGGUUUUGAACAACUUGAACCUUGCAAAGAACAUCGCCCGCAACACUGCCCUGAAAGAAAAUGUCUUUAUGAUGGUUAUCUGUAUUGAGCUGAGGAUUCCACUCUAUCUCGUUGGCAAACCGGGAAGUUCAAAAUCGCUUGCAAAGACGAUAGUAGCCGAUGCAAUGCAAGGGAACAGUGCUCAUCACAAUCUCUUCAAGAACCUCAAACAGACGCAGAUGGUGUCUUUUCAAUGUAGUCCACUAGCAACACCAGAUGGCAUUGUUGCUACGUUCAGACAAUGUUCCCAGUUUCAAAAAGACAGAAACUUGUCAGCCUUUGUAUCAACUGUUGUUCUUGACGCGGUAGGACUUGCUGAAAAUAGUCCACGAAUGCCACUCAAGACAUUACAUCCACUUCUGGAAGAUGGUUGUCAAGGGGAUGAAAUUCCUGAGGCCUAUAUGAAGGUUGCGUUUAUUGGGCUGUCUAAUUGGGCACUUGAUCCUGCAAAAAUGAAUCGUGGAAUAUUUGUGCAGCGAGAUGUUCCUGACGAAAAGGAACUGAAUGAGACAGCAAGAGGAAUAUGUGGGUCUUCAAAUGACGAAAUACUUCAACGUAUAAUUGAUCCUCUGAUAGAACCACUUGCGACGUCAUAUCUGCACGUUUUUAACGAAGCGACAGUUGUAUUGCGUGAAUUUUACGGACUGAGAGACUUUUAUAGUUUGAUCAAGAUGCUGUUUGCAUUUAUCGAGCGAUCACGAAAAAAACCCACUUGGUACGAGUUGGAGCACUGUAUUAAGCGGAAUUUUGGCGGUUUACCGCAAGUUGAUUCAGUCAAACAUUUCAGAGAAAAUCUUCAAGACAAGACAACUGAGACGGUGCUGGAGUCAGACCCUGAUUGCAGCCAUUUGGGCCUUAUUAAUGCGUGCAUUUUCGGCUCAUUUGAGACACACGGUGAGAGCCGGUAUCCGCUUUUAUUGGCUGACAAUCUUGGAGCUGUUUCUCUCAUGCAGCAACAUAUUUUGAGCAACGAAAGAGUUUCGAGACCUAUUAUCAUAUUUGGUAGUAGUUUCAGGGGAGAUCAAGAAUAUACACAGAUUUGCAGAAACAUAUACAAAAUCAAGGUUUGCAUAGAAACUGGCUACACUCUGGUAUUGUUGAAUCUGGAAAACCUUUAUGUGAGUCUUUAUGACGCAUUGAACCAGUACUACGUGUACUUUGGUGGCCAGCGAUUUGUUGACCUUGGAUUAGGAACACACAGAGUCAAAUGCCAGGUUCACCCAGAAUUCAGACUCAUUGUUGUUGCUGAAAAACUCACCGUUUACAAGAAAUUUCCUAUCCCGCUUAUAAACCGGUUGGAAAAGCAUUUUCUUACCAGUGACGGCAUGCUUGAUAAGCAGCAAACUAGAGUUGCUAAAGAGUUAGAGAACUGGGCAAAACGUUACGUGGAGUCUCGGUUUUCCGCAGUGCAAUUAAGAAGGCCCGGUGGCAACGGGGAGUCCAAAAUUGAAGAUGGAUUCAUCAGCUACAACGAAGAUACAUGCUCGGGAAUCAUUUUGCAAAUGUUUCUCGAAAACAAAAAAGCAACUGCAGAAGAAAUACUAGAGAAGUCAAAGUUAGUUAUCCUUUCAUGUGCAACACCGGAGUGCGUCGUUCGGAAUGAGGAAACAGAAGAAACUCUUGCGAAACACUAUUUUGACAGUAAAAAACACGAUAGCCUUGUUGGAUUUCUUGACGCCAAAAUAAAAUCCGGACAAAAGUUCCUUGCUCAGAUUACAACGCAUUCGAAGUUGUUAUCCGGAGCACACCAUAAAGAGGCAAUAAGUGAGGCAACAGGGAUACAGCUGGAAAAUAUCUUGUUUAUCGAAGCACUCACGUCUUUGGAGACUGAACAGCAAUUUUCCAGCAGAAUCCAACAACAUUUGCAGAAACAAGGUGAUGCCCCAAGCUUGAUAUUGAUUCAAUGCGCAGCCGGUGACGAAAAUGCCAAUCUCAUUGAUUGUGCUAGAUUUGGUGUCCUUGGUGAGAUGGAAAUGCACGAAAUAUUGCAAACAAAAGGAAACAUCCAUUGCGUUAUAGUUGUGCAGCUUCCAAGAAAAGCCGGAGGAUGCUUUAAAGGAUUUCAGUGCGGUACUUGGGAAUCAGUUCACAUAGAUGAUUUGCAUUCCGAAGACAUAGAAAUGCCACAACUUCAUGAAAUGCGAGGCAUAUCUGUGAGUAGCAUAUUCACAGCAUCAACUUUACCAACAACGAGGGACGAUGAAUCGACAUAUGUGAACGAAGAUGUCUACAUCGAUGUUAUAAACAAUUCACCAACUGCACAUGAAGAACGUCGUGGUGACUCAGAGGUCAAAGAAGAAACCAACUCGGAAUCGGAAAGAGAUCAAACACACCUGGUAGAGACAAGCCAUGUUAAUUCGGAAAAAGACGGAUCGGAAACACCACCUAAUAUGGAAAUAACUGAUUUAGGUAGAGGUCUAGUCGAAACAUGCAAACAAGUUCCAAGGAUAAGAGUGAAAGGCAUCGUCGUUCAGUGUGUGCAAUCUGCCGCCGCAAUGGUGAAAGACAUUUCAGACUCUUCUCGCGGUACUAAAAGAGUCGAAGUUUUGCUAAAGAAUAUCAAUAAAUCAUCAGGAUUUGACCAGAAUGACUUUCUUCAUGGUUUGCAAAUGAUCCUCGCAAAACUUCUUACUGAAAAAGAACAGUCAGUUGAAACGGAAAUGAUGGCUAAGGCUUGGAUGUCAAAGGAGGCAGCGGCAACGUCGAAAAUAAAUAAAGCAGGCACAUUAAGGAAUUCUUGCCACCAAGUAAUGUGCGCAAAAGUUACACCGGUUUUUGCUGGCUUGAUUGCCUACUUGGAUACGGACAAAAACUUAGAUAUUAUUGAAUCAAAAGAUACAUGGCGGACACAACUCUGGUUAAAGUUUAUCAACACGCCGAGAGCAAUAGAUAUCAAGUUUGAUGACAUUCGAUCAACACAGGAGGAUGGCCAAAUUGCAAUCGGCUCUUCAGGAUACGAGGGACACUUGUUUAGUGCCACAUUUCCAUUUUCAUGGGUAAUAUCACGGUAUAUCGAUGCCAUGCGACGCAACUUACACUUUAAAAACCUUUCCGGAUGUACAGAUAAUAAAGACAAGACAGUCACGGAAUGCAAAGCACUGACUUUGAAGAGUGGUGUAGGAAAAGCCCUGUAUGGCAUUGAAAUUGAUGACCGAGAUUAUCAAGACAUUGUAGACAGCUAUGUAGAGGACUAUUUGCACACGCUGUACAACAGCGACAAUGAUAUAGAGUUUAAGCUUGUUCUAGAAGUUGUCAGGCAAGAAACAAUGAGAAACAUCGAAGAAACAAAAUCUCGCUCGGAUAUUGUCGGGAGUCUUAUCUGUGCGCACCUUGCCGUUCAAGAAUUGUCUUCGUCAUUGGCUGAUUUUAGAUUGGUCAACUCAAUUUGGCCUGACUGCAGCCCAGCUAUGCAAAAUAUUCUAGAGAAACAGCCAGACAAUUUUCUAGCCUCAAAAGAAGCGGGCAUUAUCUUUCCCGCGCUUUGUCUUAUGAUCGAGAGUCUAACUCCAAAGCAAGGCAAAGAAGAGAUUAUAUCACGCAAGCAAUGGUUAGAAAGGGUUAACAUAGUUAGACCAGUAAUUGAAAAAGUGUUAAUUUCACCAGAAGUUGGUGCGGAUAUGUGUGGGAACAGGAUUGUUAUAAAGGCAAAUCAUACAUGGAACAGAGUCAUGGUGAUGAAGCUGUUUAUCGAAAAUAUUUGUAUCCCACUUGAUGGCGUCACAGACAGUACAAUCACAUGGAAACGAUGUGGACAACUUUGGACUGUUAUGGGGGACAACCUGGAUUGUACGACACUGCCUUCUUUUGUAAAUGUUGAAAAGUUUUUAACGUUGUGCAAUAAGAAAGCUUUCCAAUUCUUCUACGGAACGGAUCUUAAGAAAUGCACAGAAUGCGGAGAUGAGGUUAAAACUCCACCGGUUUUCCUGCCUUGCUCCAAAAACCAUAUUAUCUGCGAGAAAUGUUAUGAGGAAAUUCGAAAUGAAAAACAAAACAAGUGUAGCACUUGCAAAGAUGAGUUUCCCGUCGAUUGGGAACCAACCGACAUUGAACAAAAACGUGAAGAGAAGCGAAAACUCGUUAAUUUUCAGGAAAAAUGCAAAUCUUUUCUGAUGGCCGUUAUAUCACAGCUUUGCUUUUCUGAAAACAAAACCCCUUGUCAGGAAAUUAUUGAAAAGCUUUUUGGAUAUAUAACAUGUUCAAAAACAGAGGGGCGAUCGCAUUUCACAAAAGAAAUGACCAUGUUUAAUACAGGGAUCGACAGAAGUCCGGUGUUCCGAUCUUACCUCAUACAGCUACUCGUGAGAUGCAGUGAAGAGGCUGUAACAAAACAUUUACAACAGUUCUUUGAUGGAACUGUUCAGUGUAUCAAAGACAAUGAAGUUGAAUAUUCACCGGCUGAUAUAAUCGAACUGUGUUUACUCUUCAUACAAUGCAUAGAGGAUUCGCUCAUGCAAAAAGCCUACAUGGACAAAAACAAAUGUGAAUAUGCAGCUGAAAUUCUGAAUAGCGCUAGAAAGUGUAUAAGCAGCGAUGAAUUGAACGUGGACAUGAUAUACAGCAUUGCCAAAGCUAGAACAGGAUUGCGUAUUGUUGCUGAUUACAUGAAUAGGAUAGUGAAAAAAGGCACUAACCCAUCAGUUGUUCCGCAAUCCGAACAAGUUAUGUUUAAUACGGCAAGCUAUUUGUGUGAAGAACAAAAGUCAGGGCAUGCAAGUCAGUUUCUUGUCAAGAAUCUGUGCCGAACAUACGGGCUUGACAUAUAUAUGUCGAUAUGCUGCUCCAAGGCAAAGUUUUUGAAAUGGAUUAAGAUUGACAUGGAAAAGAAAAUGUCGUCAGUGGACCGCUUUGUUGUUUGUGGAAAGGAGUAUAAAGAUAUUCGAAAAUGUAUCUUAAGCUUCCUGCACGGCGAGAGAGGUAUUGAAGAGAUAUGGCGUGACAUCAUGGAAAUAACGUCAAUGUCGAACAUGCGAGAUUUGCUCGUUCAACUGUCCAUAUACAGAGAAGUUACGGGUGUCUUCGUUGAAUAUCCUGCUAAAGAGCGAACACAACAGCUGACAACUUUCAUUGAAAGGGAUUAUGUUUCAAAAGUGAAGGAAAGUACCGUGAAGUUGCUGAGGAAUGAAAUACAGCCACUUAUUCUGCGCAGCAGAGCAGAGGACAGUGUCAGAGCCAAAGAUGUAAAAUGUCUGAUCAUACAUUUUUUGCAAAGUCUAGAGAAUGUUCAAUGGGAAGGGACCUUCGUGUUCACAUUCGUUUUACUCUUAAAUGGAGAAAGCAAUAUACAGGAAAUGUUCCUGCCGACGAUGGCACAAGAUGACAGAGAAGACGUCAAACAGGCAAUUCAAGCCCUAGAUGAUAAAUAUGAAAACACAACACUGUAUCGUUGUCCAAACGGUCAUCAGUACGCAAUCGGAGAUUGCGGACGGCAUUGGACAGUUGAUUGGUGCAGAGAGUGUGGUGCAGAAAUAGGUGGUACAGGACACGUUCCGCUUCCAGGGAAUAAUGUCGAUGACUUAACGGACCAAACAAAGUCAGGGCAUUUACUUGGGCCAGGGGAAAGUAGGGGACCACCUGUCCCUGAAAGGAAGCUGACCGUUACAACAUUGUCAAUUACUCGGAUAUUUCUUCAUAUGGCUCUUUUAGGAGGAGCUGGACGCAACAAAAAGACUAUAUGUGGUAUUUUCAAACCGAAAAUUGAUCCUGAAACUGUCGAGGACUUUUUAUGGAAGCACAUUCAGAAGGAUUUUGAUGACUUGCAGCAAUCAACAAAGCUUAGUUUUGACGAUACAGUGCUUUUGAUGCAUUCGUUUAUCAGUUCAAUGGUGAACAACAAAAGUGUCGAAUCUGCAGCGUUUGCACCCAACAGGGCACUACUAACGAACAAGAAUGAUCGACAGGCGUGGGAAGUACUUUUCACGAGAGUAGCUUUAGAUGACACCUUAAAGAAUGUGAACGAGAUCCUCGGAAAUUUAAACAAAGAAGUUGCAGCUGAUGAUCCAUUUCACUGCAUCAUUCACGACAUUGAUAGGACGAAGGGAACGGAAGAGCCGACUAAAAUUGCUGAAUCAUCUAAAACAUGGCGUUACAGAACACCAGUUUCAAUAGAACAUCUUCAACAAGACCUAGAACAAAAGAAAAUCGCAGAUAAAUUGUCACUGAAGAUCUUGAGCGAAUUUCUACAAGAGGACCAUGCACUACAAGCCUUACGAUUUGUUCCAAAUAUAAUGAAACUACACCGAACUCUUCUCCAAAAGUACAAUAUGAAACUGGACAGAUCGGCAGCAAAACGAUAUACAGUACGGAACAUGAAAACAGAUAAAGUAGCCGGUACAGAUACAGAAACACUUCUUAGGGAUUUUUCUGAUGCAUGGGAGAUAACCAGGCACUAUCUGCAAGAACACGUGUGUAACACAGAAGACCAAAGGCAAAUUGUUCAAAAGGAGUUCUGUAUGAAGCCCAUCACAGAUGACACGCCUUUAUCAUUCUUUCUUCCGGCAACACAUGGUCAGGGACUCUGCUCCUAUGCGCUUCUCGACUUCUUGUUACGAAAGCAAAACUCCUUUCUUGACGAAUGUGGACUCGGAAAAAGGAAAAGCGUGAAACCAACUGGUUUGACAACUGCACAUUUGAUCAGCUACGACCACGAAAAUGAUAUCAUUCCAUUGAUAAUUGCCAAUUGCCAAAGCACAUUCGUAAUUGGACAGGAAAACCGAAUUGAAUACGACUUCGAAGGGUUGCAGAGGCAGCUUGUAGACCAGUAUCUGAUAUCGAAGUCCAAUAUAGACAUCAAAUCCCACUUGAAGAUCGAUACGAUGCAAUAUGUAACAGAAGUAACAAGAGCGGACGCGUUUAAGUCUUUGCAGGAGAAAAUACAGCAAGUUGAAUUAGGUGAGGAACACAAGCAUUCUAUUAUCCAAGAAUUGCAAGAUUUACCGGACCUGUGCAAUUCGAUAGAUCAGCUCGUCGUGACUAUAAACUUCCUUCGAACAUUGGGUGGAGAUGCGAAAAUAUUUUUGAAUAUGUUUAUGACAAAGACGCUCCUUUUAGAAAAGACUGCCUUGUGUAGCCAAAAGGCUAGACAAGUUUGCACACUCGGACACGUACGAUCUCUGUGGCUGCUAUUUUCUCUACGAAAGUCGAUGCUGAUGGUAGAUCGCCAUUUUCAACAUGAUGUGGUGUUUGAGCAUAUCGAUGAUAAAUUCCAUCAGCCGAUACCGGACAACGUGAAAAAAGAGUUCGAAGUAUAUGUAAGGGGGCUUCCGGAAGAUGUGCAUGCGCAGUUUGUGUCGUUUGUACAUGAGUGUCUAUUACUACAUAUUGCCACCUCAGACGUAGGUCGCCGGGAUGAUCCGGAUUAUGUUGACACAUCUGGGACAAGUCUCAGAGAUACAUUAACGAACUACAAUGACGAAAACCCCGAUGUUCCAUUUAAUGAGGUCUUGGGAAACCUUCCAAAUGGACUCUUGCAAGUGCACACUGUUUACGCUUGGAUCGCAGCCUAUAUUGAGCUCACUCAAAAGAUGUAUAUGACACGAAGACACAAUCAAAGGUUCUGAAAUGCAGCGUAAGACAUUUUCAAAGUGCUAUUUCAUUCCACAGCAUAAAGUAUGCACGUAUUUACGAGACAACAAUGGUUACAGUUGAACAUUUGUAUAAUAUUUAGGACUUCAUAUAUUGCUUUUGGUUGACCUUUUCAUAUUUGAAUAUUAUGUAAUUGCUAUUGGCUAUUUUGUGGGCGUUAUUAUCUGAUUUGUUUUGUAUUUUCAUAUGAUAUAUGCUUAUUAUUCGCUUUCAUGAUUAUUUGCACUUAUUGUUUUACCAGACAACUAUUUUGAUCACAAUGUAUUUUAGUAUUGAUAGUUUUGGCACAUCUGUUUUAAACUGUAUUCCACUUUUAAUAAUGUGGUAAUUUGUAAAGGGAAGGUUACUGUUGAUCAUUGUGUAGUUAAACAAUUUUAUAGUAUGCGUUUGAUGAAAACUCCUAAUUGAAUUUGUCCGAUGCUAAGACGCGAUUCGUUUUUUUAUUUGUUUGUAACUGUUCGUGGUAAAUAUGCUUCGUAAGAUUUUCAUGUUUGUGCUUCAAUAAAAAGACGGUUUUGUAUUUUACCACUUGCAAAUGAAACAUGGUGUACAUGUAUGUGUAGUGUACUCUGUCCCGUGUUUAAUAUAAAAGAUUUUUAAAUACAUGACUUGUAAAUGCUAUCGUGUACUUUGUAGUUCCUGUUUUAUACGUUGUUUUAGCUGUUGAGAAUGUUAUUAUUGACCGAAUUGAAGUUUGGAAAUAAAGACUUAAUAUUGACGUGACUAUAUGUAAGAAUGGACUACUAUAUUUAAUACGUAGUGUACUGUUAUUUUGUUUUUAGGUUAAUAAGUUCUUUUGAAACAAUAGAAUUAGUGCGUCUUAGUGUUGCGAUUUUCCAUAUUGUUACAGUGAAAAUAACAAACUAUAUUAUUGUGGGAAAAUACACAUCUGAUAUUGUAAAAUAUUUGCUAUAACUUGUGAUUGUUAUAGCACAGUGUUUGUUUGUUGUUGUUUUUUAUUGUGUGUGCGCUUUUCUGUGUCUUCAUUUUUAUGUAUUGAGAAUUGUUGUGUUGUGUUGUUUGACCCUGUAGUUUUUACUGUAUUAUGAAUGUUUAUAUGAUUGUAUGUUUUGUAUAUAUUACUUUUCUGUAUGUAUAUUUUGUAUAUGAAUCCAUUUGUUUUGAGCAUGUUCCUUGAAUAUCUUUGAUUCAUUAGCAUGUGAUAUUCGAUUAUUAACACAUACUGUGUGAUAUAAUGACAUUAACAUAGUUGAGCUAGAUUAGAGUGGUGAUGUUUCAAAAAUGAUGCUUUUUAUUGGUUUGUUGGAAGAGCAGACUAGUAUAAUCUUACAUAUAGACCGCCUUUCAUUUUGAUUGACGUUUAUUCAAUGAUGUUACAAAUUAAUUUAUAAUUAUUUUUAAUAUGUUUCAUGUUGAAUUGCUUUUGUUUUCAUUUUGUAACGCUGUACAUACUUGGCUUUAACAUAACCUCAUAAAAUAGUUAAAUGGUAUCUUGAUGGACUGUUAAAAUUGAAACACAAUGCACGUGUAUAAGAUAUGUACAUAGUAUUGUUGAUUUGUUUAUUUAAAGUAUAGGUUUUACUUUGAUUUAUAAUGGAUGCACAAAUUUCGAGAUAUAUUCAAAAUCAGUGUUCGUUAUAAUUUUAGAAAAAGUUGUUACAAUAUAUUUGAAAUAUUUGCAAGAUUUACUAUUCGAUUGUGAAACUGCAACAGAUUUUGUUUUAAAUUGAUAUGGCUUGAAACAUACCUUGAAAAAUAUCCUUCGAAUAAUAUGCAGGCUCUUAUUGCAACACUUGAAGAUCCGUAUCAAUCAAUAGGUUUGGUGUAGGAAAAAUUAGUUCACAUUAAUGUUUGGUCCCUUUGUUGUAUUCAGAAAUCUUUUAUCUUAAAUAUUUUUACAUGAUGUUUACAUAUUUAUCUUGUUAUAUUUAUUGUGUACAUGUUACGUCUUUUAUAAGUUGAUUUUGUUUUAAACUGCAAUUUGUCAGGAUAAAAUGUCAUCUUUUACAUGAAAAACUUGCUUUCUUUUCAAUCGUACUCUGAACAUAAAUUAUGUAGAUUUGCAUUCCAAAUAAAAAGUUUGUGUAAGCUUUAUUUCGUUUCGAGUGCACUUAUAGCGUGUAAUAUGCUUAGAAGGAUUAACUGAGUUUUUAUAAUGCAAUGAAAAUUAUUAUGUUAGUGUACGAUCGUGAAGUAUGAAGAGGUCGUUACAACUUUCAUCGUGCUGACCUAAUGUUUUCUUAAAUUGAUGAACUGUAUUUCUAGGGUUUAUGAUUGUGUCUGCAUUAUAUGUUGCUUGUUACAUAUCGGUUAUUAUUAUAUCGUAUGCAUUGGUUGUAGCUGCGUAGUUAUCAAAAAGUAUGUUAUUAUCUUAGACAGAUCAUAUAUUUAUAUUAAAGCUGAUAUGUGACAAAUUUUAUGAUAAAUAAUGACGAACGAUUGUCAUUUGUAUCCGCGGUUGAAUGUUGUUUAUUAAAAAAACUUCAGUAAGCUUUUUCCUGUUUAGAUAUUCAAAAUUUUACUAAUAUUUAAGGUUUACAAAGCAUAGAUUUUCAUUUUGUAACAUUCGACUUUCGGGACAAUUUGGGAAGAUGUCAUUUUAUAAAUCUACUUUGAGUGUUUUAACAAUUCUUUGUUUCCCUGACAUCUUCGUAUUUGUUUAAAUGUUUGCUUUAUUUAUAUACAUAUUUUGAAAUACGUUACUAAGUUCGUAUCUAAGCCAAUUGGCUCAUUAUAAUUGUGUUGGCUUUCUUUAGUUGUAGUUUUCUUUUUAUGAAAGAUUUUGGCUUCAGUUCAUGUAAGUAAUAUCACACAUGAUUGCUACAGAACUAUCAAAAGCUUCAACAUAUGUGUUUUACAUUUUAUAAUAAUAAAACAAUAGUACUUAUUUUAAACAUCAUGCUAUUAACUGUUCAAAUCAAUUUUAGUUCACAUUCUUUGAAAGAAUGUGCAAAACUUAAGCUUACAUGGAUUGCUUUUCUUCCCAGCACUGUUUGAUUUGAUAAAUGUCGAUAUACCUUUGUACUUUGAAUAUUAGACCCAACACAUUAUAGUAAGAAUUUUUGUCUCAUUUGUUUUAGAUAUAAUUUAUUCAUCCACUGCUAUCAAUCAAGCUUUUGUUGUGUUUGGUUCACACAGUUACGAAUUAUUGUUUUUCAACUAUAUUAUCUGCAUUGCAUUAAAGUUAUUUACCAAAAUAUGUUUUGAAUGUCAAAUAUAAAAAGUGGCAUCAAGCAUGUAGAUUCGGUAAUUACAUUAAUAAUGAUGCAUUGUUCUUCUCCAUGAUUAUAUAAACUCAUAUCCAUUUUAAAUAUAUAUGGUACUCUCAAACAUGGUAGUUAUAAAUUUAAAACAAAAAAGUGUGUCAAUGGUUUUAGAAAAGAGACGUGGAUUGAAGUAUAAUUAAGAUCAAACACACCAUUGCAGUGAUAAAUUAAUUGCAUGUUAUGGAUGGUUAAACGUUUCUAAGAAACUGUAUAAGUGUGCUUUAUUAAGCCAUUAUUCUCAUUACUUAUCAUUUAUAUUGUACGACGUAUGACUCUGUAAGAAGUAGUUAUACUUUUAUAGAGCCAUUAUAUGUCCUCAUUUUUUCAUGCAUUAUUUUGGUGGCAAGCACUUAAUACAUCUGGGAUUUGAUUUUGAUAAUACUUCUUUGCAAUUCGUAAAUAUGCUAAAAUGUCUACAUUUAAAUCUUGGCAUACAUACCAUGUUUGAUGUUUACAAUAAAUCAUUUUACAUUAA